AUGAUAAAUCUCAAGAAUUACGGGAAGGGACCAUCUCUUAUCUCCCCAAGAAUUUUAGGAGGCCUUGUCCGUCGUCCGUCGAGAGAAGACGGAACAAAGAGAUCGGUGGAGGAUUGUAGAGAUUUCGAUCCUCAGCACAAUCAAUCUUCCCAAUAUCAUCCGGUUCUACGAAGCUAUCGAGGUUUGAUUUUGUUAAGAGAUCUACUGUCGGUGGAGGAUGGUGGUGACAGAGCACCGGUGGUUUGUCGGAGAGGGUUUCAGGACGGUGGAGAACCGGAAUCCAGCUUCGUUUGUCUCAUCGGAGAGCGACUGCAGGACGGCGGAGAUUGGAGAUUCAUGAGAUUCAGGAGGCUUUCGUGGAUGGAGAAUUCGGAGACGACAACGAUCGUGGUGAGUAGGGGAGGCAGCAAACGGAGAGUUGAGUCGGCGAGGCGGUAG